AACUCCAUUCAUUCCACGGAAUUCUUCUCUGGGAAGAUGUCCGGCCCUCAGUCGUCGCCCAGCAAACAUCCGCAACAUCUAGUGCUGGGCAUCGACAUCGGUACUACGACGGUCAAGGUAUGUUUGGUGUCGGCCCACAAUCGUCAGGUGGUCCAGUCCGGGUCUCGAGAGACCAAGUCUUCUUUGGCCAGCGAAUUGGGUCCGCUGGGCAGCGAACAGGACGUCCACAAAAUAUGUACCGCUCUGCAGUUUUGUGUGUCCAGGCUGCCCAAGGAGAUGUUGGUUAGGGUGACUCACGUGGCCGUGUCCGGCCAAAUGCAUGGAUGUGUUCUAUGGAAAACAGGGAAUGGAUGGAAGAGGAAUAAUUUUGGAAGAUACGAGACAGAACAGGUGAGCGUCCUGUACACGUGGCAAGAUGGACGCUGCAGUGCGGAAUUCCUAGCGUCACUACCAAAGCCGGAUUCUCACCUGAGGCUGAGUGCCGGACACGGAUGUGCCACGUUGUUAUGGCUGGCCAGGAAUAAGCCAGAGCUGGUGGCCGAAUAUGACGCCGCCGGCACGGUGCAAGACCUUGUGGUGUCCAUGAUAACCGGCUUGGAGCGUCCUGUCAUGUCCGCUCAGAAUGCAGCUGGAUGGGGAUACUUUGAUACAGAGACCAGGACGUGGAAUAGAGACAGAUUAAAAGAAGCCGGCUUCCCACUGCAUCUUCUGCCCGAAGUGACCAUCGCCGGGAACAUUGUGGGCCGUAUGCCCUGCGCCUGGUAUGGCAUCCCCGAAGGAACGCCCGUGUUUGCCGCCCUGGGAGACCUACAGUGCUCGGUCUUCUCAAGCAUGGAGACGGAGCACGAUGCAGUAAUGAAUCUGAGUACCUCUGCUCAACUGUCCUUCCUCCUACCUGAAGAUUUCAAACCUCCACCUUGCGUUUCCACAUCACCAGUAGAGUAUUUUCCUUACUUCAAUGGCCGCUACCUGGCGGUGGCUGCCUCACUUAACGGAGGAAACGUUCUUGCCGCUUUCGUCAAGAUGUUGCAACAAUGGACACACGAACUGGGACUAGGAGUUCCCGAAAGUAAAAUUUGGGAGCGAAUCACCGCAUUAGCUCAGGACGACACAUCUACAGACACUGACAUGGAAAUCUGCCCAACUCUCUAUGGCGAACGCCAUCGAUUCGGCGAACAAAGGGCCGUUGUCCGGAAUAUUGACCCCUAUUCCCUCGGUCUUGGCAAGGUGUCCAGAAGUCUCUUCAGGGGUCUCAUCUCCAAUUUGAGAUCCAUGAUGUCCAGGGAGACCCUUAUAGAAGCAGGUAUUCAGAGAAUAAUCGGAAGCGGAACAGCCCUCACCAAGAACCCGGUCCUUCAAAAGGAACUAGAGACACAAUAUGAUUUGCCAGUGGUGUAUGGCACUGGGAGUGACGCAGCCGUCGGAGUGGCGUUGGCCGUUCUGCCAUAUUUGUGAUAAAAAGUUCCAAUUGUGGUUCUGCAGACGACUUAAUAAAUAUUCUUGGCAGGGGUAGACGAAGUGCAGCGUGCGACAUGGCGUUCCAUUUACAGUUCGUCCCGAGUCAUUUUCUUGUUUUCACUACCUGCAUGAAUUGUUACCUCUCCGAACAUACCUAUGUGAUGUUACCUGUCUGCCGUUUUCAAACGAUUCUUAUUCUCAAACCAUGUCAUAAUACCACAGCUUAUGAUUUGUUAUGUGGAUGAAAAUUGAUUCUUGUUUAUUAUAUAAAAGAACAUUACUUAUUUAUUUUUUGUUUAUAAAUAAAUCUUAUAUGCAGUUUUUUUAAGCCAAAAGAAAUAAAGCGGUCCAAUAUAUGGAAAAAUGCAUAUUGAAACAAAAUGCAAUUUUGUUUUGUAUAAACCAAAUAUAAUUUUAUUUUGAGAAAAUCGCAUGAAAACGGUAUUUAUUGACAGGAUACGUUUUUAAACAGCCACAUAUAAGCCUUACCUCUUCUAACCAUUUUACUUUUUAUGGUCCAUUUUAUAUUAAUAUCCUCAAUGCUAUGCAAGCCUUUCUUAAAACAAAUAUCGAAACUAUCGACGAUGUUAUAUGUUCAUAAUUAGUUAAUGUAAUAGAAAGUCUGCCGUAAUGCCCUAUAAUCUUGUUCGUAGUUGUUUUCAUGUAAAAGCUAUAGCAGAAAUCUAGCUUACGUUAGAAAGGAAAAAUCUAAUUUUCCUAUAAUAUAAAAGUGAAAUAUUUUCUCCGUUAAAAGCCCUACUAUAAUGAAUUGUAGUCAGUUUACAAGUUUAAUUUGCGAGAUAGAACAAUACUAUUGUCGUCAAUUGCUUAUAAUGAAGCAAUAAUAUGUAAUCUGCGAUUAUAUUUAAAUCUAAGGCCAAAAUAUAAUCUCUUUCCUAGAUAAUGUUGGACAAUAUUGCAGUAAUCGAUAUUUUUAUAACAGAUUUUAAGCUAUAAUAAUGGUACAGAUGUUCUACAGUUACGAAAUUUACUGCUACUACUGUAAUUUUGUAAUUGUAUAUUUUACAAUAGCUUUUUUGAAUAUAAGUUUUUUGAAAAUUUGAAAUACAAUCAUUUGUUAAUAUUUGCUUUGUUCGCUAAAAUUAUGAUAAAUUUUCGAAAUAUUAUUUUACAGAUAUUGCUGUUUUUUCACCCUUUUUUCCAAUUUUUCAAAGUUUUCAUUUAAAAAUUUAAUUUCUAUAAUAUUUUUUUUACUAUAUCGUUAAAAAGCAAAAGCUUUAAAAAAUAUAAAUAAAAAAAAAACUGUGUGUAUUUCAUUUGAUUCAUCUUCUACUUUAUCUUAGAAAAUUUACAGAUAGUUAAAUUUAUUUUCUGCUUCCGUUAAAAGUUCAUUUAUUUAUUUUUCUUUCUCUGUUUCUCUCUCUAUAUAAAUAUACGUAUAACGAAGCAAACGAUAUUGGAAAUGUAGAGGUAUUCCGAAGGAAACACAAUCACAGUGAAUCAAAAAUUAAUUUAUUCUGUAGGAGUUUCGUUUCGAAAUUAAAUGGAAAUCUACAAAAUUGGUGUCAAGAAUUCAUCAUUUAUUUAGCUGAAAGCAUUUUUAGUUAUAAUGUUUAUAGAUACAUAAUUUCAAGUAUAUGUUUUCUGGACUGAAUGAAUUCUGGAAUAGAGAAUUAUUCAAAAUAUGUCGACUGUUUAGAGUGUAAUACUAUCUUUUUAUAUGUGAAAGUAAAAAUGAUACGGUAAAUAUAUCGAAACGUUUCAUACUGUGAACGGAAAGAAAAAAAAAUUCUAGAAUAUUCUUAAAGAAUCCACUGAGAAAAAUCCAAAGAAAAGAGCAAAAAGCUCAGUAACGUUCGAGAUUUCUAAAUUAUAUAUAAGAAUAUUCUUUCUUAUAAUGCUAAGAAUAUUUUUAAAAAUAUUCUUAGCAAUGUUUUUAAAGAAUCCACUGAGAAAAACCCAAAGAAAGUUUUAAAAAAUCAGCAACAUUCAAGAAUUCCGAAAGUUAGUGAUUUUUAUGCUCUCUUUUCCUUGGAUUUUUCCCAGUGUAAUAUUCUCGAAAAAAUAUUCUUAAAGAAUUCGCCGAGUAAAAUCCAAAGAAAACAACAACAACAAAAAAUCAAUAGCAUUCAAGAAUUCUGUUAUCAAUGGACCGAAAAUUGACAUUUAAAGCUUUCUUUUAAAAGUUUUUCUAAUGUGCCAUAUGUAAUUUCAUCUCUUUUCAAAUUUCAACAAAGAAUUGUUAAUUCUUCGGACAGUACGCCUGCUAAUAAGCGAUAGUGCUAAUGGACUUAUGUAUAUAUUUAUAAUUAUAAGGGGGAAAAAACCCAAAGAAACAAUUCCCCAACCGCAAUCACUGGUACAAUUUCGCCAAUAUUUAUCAUAAGAAGCUUAAUAUCUUUAGAUGUGUCAUCAGUGAUUGCCUGCCUACUGUCUCCGUUUGCGAGAUAAGUUUUAAAAACAUAUGUUUAUGUUCAUCUUCUAUAGUGAAACAUUACUGAAUUAAGCAGCCACAAACACUGUGCCGAUUUCGAAAAUUUUAAUAUUUUUUAUAUAUCAAAUAGCUUUAACAACUGAACUGAUUGCGGUAAUUUCCAGACAUUACUAAACAUUCAAAAUUGCUAACAUUCAAUUUAUUGUUUAAUUGAAAACAGUGCUUUCUUUUAUAGUGAUAAUACAUAAUUCGUCAAUGGCAUGUUUGGUACAAUGAACGGUUGGCGAACAGCUGGUCGCCUAAGACAGUUUGUUAUAAUAAAUUUCAAAUAAAUAAUUUUGGGAAAACUCAAAGAAAGAAAAAGAAGUCUUGAUUUCAAAUUUAGUCUUCAUUUACCGAGUUUUUGACUACUCGAGAUACAACGGCCUCAGUCAGCACGGAUAAACGAGGUCCCAUUACAUUAUAUUAGCAACGAAACAGCCAAGAGAAACGAAGAAUAACAUCUGUGCCUUUCUCUAUUACUAUCAAGAGAAACUAUUUUUGAGAUUGUUCAGAGCUAAAUGUUCUGUUAAUGCCAUUUUGUUUAUUAUUCAAUCAACGGCAGCUGUGACUGAAUGAGCUUGCUUUAAUCUUUUUAAAUGCUUAAGAAAUAUAAGGACGCCAAAGUAACCAUUUCAAUGCACUAAAAUCUUGUAUUAUUGUAAUUAUCAUUACCUGCAAAUUCAUUAAUUGUUAUAUGUCACUGCCACUAUGCUUUAAUUAUAAAUAUUUGAAAUUAUGUACUCUUAAUAUAUUAUGUUCUCAAUAUUAUUAUGUACACACAUGCUGUAUGAGAAAAAUUUCAACUUGUGUUCAUGUUAGUUGUUUCACAUUUUUAGUGAAUAAAAUAUUCAUUUUCA